AUGAAAACGAGGACGAUUUGUGGUCAACUCUCUCGCCCUUUUUGUCGUCGUCGUCAUUUUUGCCUCGUUUUCGUGGUCGCAUUCGUCCUCUUCGCGAAGAUCGCGCGGGCGCAAGAACACCACGACCCCGGGGAAGAUGAUGAUUUUGCCGCUCGGCAUCAAUCUCUCAUCCCAUCGACGCCGACGUUCCACCCACCCUCGGGCGCGUAUCCAGGACCGGUGUUCGUGCGCGUGGACCCGGGGAGACAGACGAGGAGGAAAAAGGGGGCGACGACUGCGAUGGGAGAGAGCGAGUGCGAGAAAAUAGUCGUGACGGUGGAUGGGAAGCCGCCCGAGGAGGAGGAUAUGGAGGAGGAUAUGGAGGAGGAGAAAACGAGGAUCGAUUACUUACACAAACCGGUUCUUUUACGAAGAGAAGGCGUGCACGUGGUGAAAGCGGUGUGCACGACCGGGUCUCGAUUCGGGACGCAGAAUCAAGCGGAGUAUGUCGUUUUGCCAAGUCUCGCGACGACCGGCGCUCGCGGCGGCGUCGGUCUUCUCGGGGAAGAAGAAGACCAAGGAGGAGGAGGGAAAGAAGGAGGAGGAGGGAAAGAAGGAGGAGGAGGACAGUUGAUAGAUAAAGACCACGAUAACAACGACAUUAACAACAACAACGGGGCGAAAAGAAUAGCUGGAGUUAUUUUCUUAGGGAUAUUUUUAAUCAUCGGGAUGUUGGCGACGCUUGGAGUGUGCGGCGCGGCGUUUCAGUCCUUCCGCGGGGAGUUUGGACGAGGCGCGCAACGGUUCGUCGGACCGGGCGUAGGGAACAACGCGACUUCGCGAAGGAGUAGAUUGGGUAGCGUUGGAAGUGGCAGCGCGGCGGACUUUGUGAAUUGGUUCGAGAGGAAUAGAGAGAGGGCGGUUGCGAGUGGGUCGCGAUUGUUGAGUGAUUUAGAGAUGAGUUCGAGCGACGUACCGAGGGCGGGGAGUAAUACUCAUCCGGGGUCGGCGAGUCAAGCGAACGAGGCGAACGAGUUCACGUUGGACGAUCCCGACGAGGCGAAUAAACGAGAUUAA